AUGGGAAAAUUGGUUUCUCAAAUAGCUAUUAAGUCAGAUGGAGAUGUUUUCCAUGAAAUAUUUAGAGAGAGACCUCAUCAUAUAUCAGGCAUGAGCCCUGCCAACAUUCAGAAAUGUGAUUUGCACGAUGGACAGUGGGGAACUGUUGGUUCGGUCAUCUACUGGAACUAUACCCAUGUCCCCUUUAGUCGAGGGUUUGAAACUCGAGUCGCCGGACGAAAGGAAAAUGGCAGUAUUAGUGUAACCGAAGCUUCUUGGUUGGUUUUGGAAGUUCUCUUAACUCCGGUUGGUGCUGUUUUAAAAAUUAGACAGAAAUUCUUGGUGUUGGACUGCCUGAGAAUAAUUGCUUCAAAGUUAAAAUGUGCUAAGGCCAUUGAUGAAUCUUGGCCAGAAACCUUAUCAGAAGCUAGGAAAACUGAACCAGAUGAACUGGCCUGA